AUGGUUGGGCCCCUCAAAAAGGCCCCAGGUGGCACUACUCACCUACUGGUGGUGGUGGACAAGUUCACCAAGUGGAUCGAGGCGAAACCCAUCACCAACAUUCGCUCGCAAGAGGCGAACGACUUCUUCCUCGACAUCAUCUACUGGUUCGGUGUCCCAAACUAUAUCAUCACAGACAACGGAACCAACUUCACCGGCAAGAAGUUCCUGAACUUCUGUGAUGGUUACAGUAUCAGGGUUGACUGGGCCUCGGUCGGGCACCCGCGGACCAACGGUCAGGUCAAGCGGGCCAAUGGCAUGGUCCUCCAAGGGCUGAAGCCAUGCAUUUUUGACCGGCUCAAGAAGCAUGCCGAACGAUGGGUCACGGAGCUCCCAGCGGUCCUCUGGAGCCUCAGGACGACCCCGAACCUGUCCACAGGGUUCACCCCCUUCUUCCUGGACGCGGUCGACCUGCUCGAGGAGGCGCGUGAGGUAGCCCUCAUCCACUCCGCCCGCUACUAG